CCUUUGUGGUCUUUAGAGCAAGGGAAAAGAAGGAACAAUGGCGGACGCCGCUCCAGCCGCACGUGGUGGUUUUCGUGGAGGUUUCGGUUCACGUGGAGGUGGAGGUGAUCGUGGAGGCCUAAGAGGUCGAGGUCGUGGAGGUCGAGGCAGAGGACGCGGCCGCGGACGUGGUAAAGAAGACAGCAAAGAAUGGGUGCCGGUUACAAAACUUGGUCGUUUGGUCAGAGAUGGCAAAAUUCAAUCUCUCGAGCACAUUUAUCUGUUUUCCUUGCCUAUCAAGGAGUUUGAAAUCAUUGACAAAUUCCUCGGACCGGAUCUAAAGGACGAGGUUUUGAAGAUCAUGCCGGUACAAAAGCAGACACGAGCCGGUCAACGUACGCGUUUUAAGGCUUUCGUUGCUAUUGGAGAUAGCAAUGGGCAUAUUGGACUCGGAGUAAAAUGCUCCAAGGAAGUAGCUACUGCGAUUCGUGGCGCUAUCAUUUUGGCCAAACUUUCUGUCGUGCCAGUACGACGUGGUUAUUGGGGUAAUAAAAUCGGUAAACCGCACACAGUGCCAUGCAAAGUGACUGGCAAAUGCGGUUCCGUGCAAGUGCGCCUGAUACCUGCACCCAGAGGUACCGGCAUCGUAUCUGCCCCAGUUCCCAAGAAACUGCUUCAGAUGGCUGGUAUCGAGGACUGUUACACUUCAGCUAGAGGGUCAACCUGUACACUUGGCAAUUUCGCCAAAGCCACUUAUGCCGCGAUCGCCAAGACUUAUGCUUAUCUGACACCAGAUUUGUGGAAGGAGCAGGCUCUGGCUAAAGCACCAUAUCAGGAAUUUGCUGACUAUCUGUCAAAGACUCAUAAAGGAGGAGCGAAAGCAGCUGAAGUUGUUUAAAUAAACGUCCAAUUUCCAUUAAAGGAGUUCUUUGACAAAUUGUAAAA